UUUAUUCCCUAUUCAGAAUAUUUUGAAAAAUAUUAACAUUUGCUAGGUAAUAUGCAAACUCUAAUGCUACAGUAAUUACAACACAAUAUUUACUUGUCAGAUACCUCCAAGAAAAAAACAUCAUUUCAGCAAAUAUCUUUAAAGAAACUCCUUUUCUCUUUUUUCCUCCUCCCUCUCGGCUCCACUAGCUGCAAAGCCAAUAAAAAAAUUCUCCACCUCCUACACAGUUCAGAACAGGAUCUGUGUGCAUUUCUCCUAGGCAUGUUUUGAGACCCAGAAGGGGAUGAAAGUAGUUAAUGCGCAACGGGAAUCUUAAUUUCAGGCACAAAUCUCUACCUUUUUAUUGACCUUGCUGAUAUGCUGCAAGCUAAAUAUUAAACAAUUUUUUGAUCAAUUUAAGUCCAGCCUGGGGAGAAGAAACAGUUAAAGAAAUGUCUCAAGUAUACUUGCAUUCAGCUAAUCAGACUUUGUGUGCAUCUACAAAUGGUACAGAACUGAAAUCAAUCAUUGAUAAUGAAACCACAAAUGAAAAAUGGACCGAAGACUCCUUCCCAGGAUUAGAAAUACUGUGCACAAUUUAUGUUACAUAUGCUGUGAUCAUUUCAGUGGGUCUCCUUGGAAAUGCUAUACUCAUCAAAGUCUUUUUCAAGAUUAAAUCAAUGCAGACGGUUCCAAACAUCUUCAUCACCAGCCUGGCAUUUGGAGACCUACUGCUUUUAUUAACUUGUGUGCCUGUAGAUGCAACACGUUAUAUUGUGGAUACCUGGCUCUUCGGAAGAAUUGGGUGCAAGCUCCUGUCUUUUAUCCAGUUAACCUCAGUUGGAGUGUCAGUGUUUACCCUGACUGUUCUCAGUGCUGACAGGUACAGAGCCAUCGUUAAGCCCUUGGAACUGCAGACUUCAGAUGCGCUCCUGAAGACCUGCUGUAAAGCUGGCUGUGUUUGGAUCAUCUCCAUGAUAUUUGCUAUCCCAGAGGCUGUUUUUUCAGAUUUGUAUUCUUUCAGCAAUCCUGAGAAAAAUGUAACUUUUGAGGCAUGUGCCCCCUAUCCUGUAUCUGAGAAGAUCCUGCAGGAAGCUCACUCCCUGGUUUGCUUCUUAGUGUUCUAUAUUGUACCCUUAGCUGUCAUCUCUGUCUACUAUUUCCUUAUCGCCAGAACUUUAUAUAAAAGUACAUCCAACAUGCCAGCAGAAGAACAUGGUCAUGCCCGUAAGCAGAUUGAAUCCCGCAAGAGAGUUGCAAAAACAGUGCUGGUGCUUGUUGCUUUGUUUGCCUUUUGCUGGUUGCCUAACCACAUCCUCUACCUAUACCGCUCUUUUACAUACCAUGCUUCUGUAGAUGCUUCCACCUUUCAUCUGAUAGCUACUAUUUUUUCCCGUGCCUUGGCCUUCAGCAAUUCCUGCAUCAAUCCUUUUGCUCUUUAUUGGCUGAGUAAAAGUUUCCGACAACAUUUUAAAAAGCAAGUCUCGUGCUGCAAGGCAAAAUUUCGUACAAAGCCUCCCAGUGCUACCCACAGUAAUACACCUACCAGAGCCUUGUCAGUCACGGGCAGCACACAUGGCUCAGAAAUCAGUGUUACACUGCUAACAGAUUAUAGUAUCACAAAAGAAGAGGAAAGCGUUUAGUCCAUCUGGGAUGAAGGACAGAAACUGAGCCUUUGCAAUCAAGUCACUACUACUGGGAUCCUGGAAAGAGGUGCCAUGCCUUGCCCUGUCUGUGAAAGAGUUUUCAUCAGAAGUUCCUCAUUUUUUUAAAUAUACAAUAAAGAAAUCAAACUGUGUGGGAGAAGGGGCUGCAACAGCUGAACUUUCCAUUGUUCAUGUUCCCAAGCAUGAACAGAGAUCCCUAGCUGGAAUUCCUGAACCAGACAGGACAGGAGUUAGCAGAGUUGGUGCGAGAAUUGGCUGUGAGGAUGGUUUUGUUCUUGGUGACUUUUCUUUGACUUGUGACUGAGAGCUCCGUCUGUCAAGGACUUGCAUCCACAGCAACCAAGCAAAACCACAUAUCUUCAUAACGUGAUCAACCAGGCCGAUUUUUGAUUUAUUUCUUUAUUUGUCCCGAAUGUUAAAAAUUGGUAAACACAUCAGAAAGCAUGCUACAAUGAAAGAAAGCUAAGGUUUGUAGUACAGUGUAGGAAAAAAAAAGCAUUAUGGGCCAGAUCCACACUAGCCUUUGCUCUGUCAGUGACUUACUUUGAAACUCUGGGUAAGAGCUGACUGCUGUGUAAAGAGAUGCUCCUCUCAGUUCCUAAGGAAGUCAAGGGAACCAACAGGUGAUCAUCUCUCUUAAAAAGCUAUAAUCAUCUUGAAACACACUUGUAAAAGUUUUUGCGAUCUAUCAACAGUGCAGAGGUCUUUAUUAUAGUGAUUUAACAUCAAGAAAUUGGGGUGGAUCUAUAUUAGAGUUCUGGUUUGGAUUUACAGGGCACUUUUGAAGCAAACUGCUCAAAUGCCCACUCUUGCCUUACACUGCUCCUGCACUCUGUCGCCCAGAGUGGUCUUCAGUGCACAACCUGGAUUUCUCUCAGAUGAAACUGUGAGUCCAGUCCAUGGAACCAGACUAGAGCAAAUCUGAAGUAAAGCCCCCAAAGGUGUACAGUGGGGGGGGUCAGACUAACCAUUUACCUCCACAGAUCUACUCCUGCUGUAGUGUACGUGGUCAUAUCUCAGUGGUCUGCACAUUUCAAGCAUGCUGGGAGAGCUGGAUUUUUCUACUGUACUCAUUUUCUAUUCUUGAUGUUAUUCAAGUAGUGUCCCUUUCCAAUAUUAGGAUAGACUGUCUUUAUGAGAUAGGCCUUCUAAUCUCAAAUGCACUGAUUUUAUAACUUUGCAUGCAGAGGCAAGUCAGUGACAGCCUAUCAUGGGCAGCCUGUGCAUCCCUAAAAAGCUCAGCAGCACUGCUGGCAGAGACUGUCUUCCCAUAAAGAAAUACAGGAGGCAAGUCUUCCUACCCCACAUUACAAAAAUGUUGAAUGACACUUAUUUUUACGAAUUUUGUGCACCCUGAACCAAAAUUUUAUUCUGUGGGAAUUGGUGAUAAAAAACAUAAUAGAUUUUCCAUUGCUUAAACCAAGGGACUUCUAUCUCAAAAAAGAAUUUGUGCAUUAAAAGUACAGAAGAGAGGCUGCAACUAUAUAAAUAAAACAAAAUAGUGCUGUCAGUCACAGAAGUUUGAAUUUUAACUAACCCUUGAAGAUACAACACCCCUCCAGCUACACAGAGCCCAUAACAACACAUGGAUGGAAACCCAUCCAUCCAUGCACCAUUAUUUGAGUUCAUUAAAAGACGCAGAAAAUCUAUUUGUAGUUGCUCUCUAAUCUGCCCUAAUCAGAAUAAUAAAACCAAACUAUAAAUCCCAAGGGCAUUGGAAUACAACCUCUGUCGUCAUCUUAAACCAGUUUAAUGAUAGGUCAUUUUAAUCCCAUCAGGCCUGGCCUUAUUUUACUGCACUCUUCAUGUUACAUGCUGCAAGGCUAUAAGCACUAAUUUUCAAAUGGAUUCUCCCUUUUGUUGUACCAAUUGUACACCAGGAUAGAACCAUUGAAAUAAAUGGAAAUAUAACAGCACAGAAAUACAAUUUAUGGCAAAGCAGACUCCAGAGACCUUAUUUUACUCUCUUUGUCUUAAUAUAACACAUUCCCUGGUAGUGAGCUAUGUACAAAUAUAACAAACAUAUUGCACUGAUGUUUUCCCCUUCUCUUUUUUCUUAAUGGAUCUGCAGGGUGAGACUGAAAUAAAUUACUAAGCCUACACACUUAUGAGUCUACUUUUAUCUUCCUGGAUCUUACUAUAGGGAAUUCUAACAAAAGAAAAAUCAACUAACAUUGCAGCUUCUUACAUCAUUCUUUAUUGUAGCUUAUUAAAGCCUUUGGAAAACAUAUCUGCCACAUGUUCCUGGACUUCACAAUUUGUCUCUGUUGGAGACCAUAUUUCCCACUGCAAAAUCCUUGGCUACACCUCAGAGUAGCCCUUAAAAACCAGUUUCCUAAUUCACCAUUUUCCUUGCUUUGCAUGCAGCUACUUUUUGCUUGUGUAACUACUCCUCUCACUGGAUGGUCUAUCUAUUGCUAAUAUAUCCUGUUACAAAAUUGAUGUUUUUACUAUAUGCUGCAUAUGUUUUUGUUAAAGACUGGUAAUAUUUCAAGCCAUAAUUUAAAUAUUCUGUGUACUUUAUGGUUUUAUAGUUCUGUACUUUCAAAUCUUCAUGACAUGUUGUAUUGGAGUGAUAUAUUGGUCAACAUUUAUUUUUAUCUAAACAAUCUGGUAUUAUUCAUUCCAUCUAUUCCCCCAAUAUAAUUAUCCAUAAAAUGUCUCCACAUUACCAUAACUGGAUUUAGGGGAAAAGGGUUGUUUCCUUUGCAAUCUUUUCUGUGUUCCAAAAACCAGUUCUUUCACCCCUAGGUCAUACAAGUGUAAUUCUAUAAGAAUAAUGUCUAUUUAUAGAAAUAUUGAAUGUUAUUUAGCAAAGAGCUGGCAUAAAUAAUUAGGGGUUUACUAUUUAUAUCCACAAUGAAAGAAUAGGUAGAAACAAGGCACAAAAUACUGAAAGGCAAGACUGCAUCAACGGUCUUAUUCAUGUGGAAUCUUAUUGAGUAAGUAAAUACGAUUUCUAGGAUGUACUUUUUUAAUAGUUUGUUUUGUGAACAAGAUGUACACAUUAACAGCUUUAAUACAUAUAAAUGUAACAAUGUUUGCGUUAGCAACAGGUUUAGUAUUGGCACUCUAAUUUGUGCUGUCACUAUGAGAUGCUGGUUUAGUUUAAAAAAAAAAAUUCCACAAAAAUGAACAAAACCAUGUCAAAGCAUGGAUAUAGUGUAACAGACUGCGUCUCCAGCAAAUGGCACAGAAUAUUAAAGUCAGUUAUGAAAUUAUA